GCCGCCGUUUCUUCAGUGAUCCUCAGCGCGCUUGCGCCGUCCGAGAACGCGCUUUCACAUCAGGCAGCAAGCUUUUCAGUCCUGAGGCUGGUGAAGUUCCCGUCUUGGCUCAUGUGAGAAGGAGCACCGUGGAAAAGGGGCUGGAUGGUGACUUCGCAUGGAAAACGUGGAUAAAUAACCUCAGUCGAGAAGGUCAACAGAAGACUCUAGCCCUUUAUUAUUUUUCACAUAUUUCUCUCAGCCUCAAGAAGGAGCUCGAGUCGUAGGGCCGACGUCUCAACACUCAUACCCGAAUGAAAGGAGCUUUCUGAGGAGUUUGGUGAGACCAGCAUCCGCUACCAUCAUAUACCAACCAACGGAUAUACUCAGUGGCACGAUCACGGAUUUAAACCUCUGGCUACAUCUAUAUUCCAUUGUUGAAGGAGAUAUAUGGAUUCGGAUACUACUCCUUGUCAUCGAUUUUUUUUGCUCUCCAAGGUGCUGGCGUUUCGUCAAAAGCCACCCAAAGAAGGCGUUUAAUGUAUCGAGCGAUAGCAUAAACUCGAUCACUGGAGCGAUACAUUGUAUUUUGUUGUAAGAUACAUUGUGUGUGGAUUAUAUGCAUUGAGAACGAUAUGAUUAGAUGACUGAAUGUUACAAUUUUGCACCAACGCCUUAAACAGCGGUUACUGUCGUAUCAUUCAGUAGUCUACGAAGAACAAGACUGGAGACCAAAUAACUAGCUCAUAUUAAUUUGGCUAAUUAUCAGAAGUGAAACACUUGCCUACUUGCUUCUGGGUUUUGGAAAACGUGGCGGUUACGUUUUCUCUGAAGAGGCAAAAUGUCUUUUUUCAAUUUUCGGAAGAUCUUUAAACUGGGAUCAGAAAAGAAAAAGAAACAAUACGAACAUGUUCACAGAGACUUGAAUCCGGAGGAAGAGUGGGAGAUUGUAGGAGAACUGGGCGAUGGAGCCUUUGGCAAAGUGUACAAGGCCCAGAACAGGCAGACGGAUGUGUUAGCCGCUGCUAAAGUGAUCGACACACAGAGUGAGGAGGAGUUGGAGGACUUCAUGGUGGAGAUUGAAAUCCUGGCAUCAUGUGACCAUCCUAAUAUCGUCAAACUCCUAGAUGCCUACUACUACCAGAACAAACUAUGGAUCCUGAUUGAGUUCUGUGGGGGAGGAGCAGUGGACGCCGUGAUGCUGGAGCUGGAGAGGCCAUUGACAGAGCCUCAGAUCCGUGUGGUGUGCAGGCAAAGUCUAGAGGCGCUCCAGUAUCUCCAUGAUAACAAGGUCAUCCACCGCGACCUGAAGGCUGGCAACAUCCUCUUCACCCUGGGCGGAGACAUCAAGCUGGCUGACUUUGGUGUGUCUGCUAAGAACACAAAGACCAUUCAGCGGAGAGAUUCUUUCAUCGGGACGCCGUACUGGAUGGCCCCUGAGGUGGUGAUGUGUGAGACCUCUAAGGACCGGCCGUACGACUACAAGGCAGACAUCUGGUCCCUGGGCGUGACUCUGAUCGAGAUGGCUGAGAUCGAGCCCCCCAACCACGAGCUCAACCCCAUGAGGGUGCUCCUGAAGAUCGUCAAGGCCGAACCCCCCGGACUUAUGAAACCAUCUAGAUGGUCUGCCGAGUUUAAGGACUUCCUGCGUAAGUGUCUGGACAAGAACAUGGACAACAGGUGGACCACAGCCCAGCUGCUGCAGCAUCCAUUUGUUGUGAAUGUGAUGGACAAUAAACCCGUGCGAGAGCUGAUCGCCGAGGCCAAAGCUGAAGUCUUCGAGGAGAUUGAGGAAGGCAAAGAGGAGGAAGAGGAAGAGGAGACCGACUCACUGCUGGUGGUGCCCAAGCACAAGCGUGCCCUGUCGGAUGUCAGCGUUGGCAGCUCAGAGGAUGAGAGGGGCAUCCCCAGCCCCAGCCCCGCCCCCUUGGAUGUCGUCUCAGAGAUGGCAGAGUCAGAACCACAGCCCAGUCAGGUCAAAGGUCACGAGGUGGAGAAGGAGGUUGUCGUGGAGACACCUGCUGGAACUGAGGAGGAAGUGCAGGCCAGGCCAGAGGAGGAGGGCAACAAGCAACCAGAUGCCCCGGAGGCAGUCACAGAAACACCAGAAACUGUAACAGUCAGCAAUGAGACAGACGAGAAGGACAGGAAGCCAGAGGAGAUAGAGGAGACGAAGGCAGAGGGGAUGGAGAAGAAAGAGGAGAAGAUGGAAGAAGGGAAGGAGGAGGACCAGAAUGAAGAGUUGAAGGCUGAGGAGAAAGCGGAGGAGGAGGAGGAAGAAGAUGUGAAAAAAGUAGAGAAUGAAGAGAGGAUUGAAGAACUGAAGGAAGUAGAGAUAGAGGACACGAAGAAGAAAGAGAAAGAAGAGGAGGAGGUGGGGAGAGAGCUUUCAGAGGCCUCAGCAGAACGGGCAGAUGCCGAGACAGGAGAAGAGGAACACCAGAAGCCCGAGGAACCGGUAGACAAGGCAGCAGAACCACAGGAACCUGAAGAACAGAAGCCUACAGAGGAGACAGCAUCAACUGACCCAGCAGAGCAAUCUGGCAGCAUCUCUGCAGUGGCCAAAGAACUGCCAAUAGAACAGAGCACUGGAGGUGAUGAGAAACCAGAGAACACAAGAGAGACUGAGAAAGAGGAAGAUGAAGAAGAGGAAGAGAAAGAGAAGGAUGCUAAAGAGGAACCAACAGAAGGGGAAGAACUCACUUCACACAGCACUGAAAAAGCAGCGGAGGUCACAGAGACUCCCCCAGAAGAUGUCUCUAAGCAGCAGGAGCAGGAGGAGGCUAAGGGACCAGAUGAAGAGGGGAUAGAGGGAGAGAAAGGACAGGAAGUAAAGGAAGUAAAGGAGGAGAAGGAAGAGGAGAAGGAGAAUGAUGAGUCCGCAGAAGCAGAAAAGGUUGCAGAGGAGUCAGAGAAGGAGCCAACGACAGAGCCCUCAAUAACCUCUACAGAUGUUACCACGGUGAUUGUUGUCGAGGGUGAUGAGGGGACACAGACUGUUGGGACAAGGGAUGAGGAGGAAAAAGAAAAAGAGAAGGAUGAGGAAAGAGAGAAAGAGAAGAGUCAGGAGAGGGAGAAAGAGAAAGAGAAGGAUUCUGAUUCAGGGAACAGCUCAGCUGCUGACACCAACAGCAUUGACAUCAAUCUGUCCAUCUCCAACUUCCUGUCCAAAAACAAGGACGGCUCCAUCUCCAUACAGGACACCAAGCGUCAGAAGAAGACCAUGAAGAAGACGCGCAAGUUCAUGGUGGACGGUGUGGAGGUCAGCGUGACCACCUCUAAGAUCAUCACCGACAACGACACCAAGAGUGAAGAGCUGCGCUUCCUCAGGCGACAGGAGUUGCAUGAGCUGAGGGUUCUUCAGAAGGAGGAACAGAGAGCAAUGCAGCAGCUCACCAACAAACUCCAGCAGCAGAGAGAGCAGCUGUUCCGACGCUUUGAACAGGAGACCACUGGUAAAAAGCGGCAGUAUGAGCAGGAGCUGGAGACCCUGGAGAAGCAGCAGAAGCAGUCCAUUGAGCGUCUGGAGCAGGAGCACACCAGCCGCCUGAGGGACGAGGCCAGGCGCAUCAAAUCAGAGCAGGACAAGGAGCUCGCCAAGUUCCAGAACAUGCUCAAGAACCGCAAGAAAGAGGUGAAACAGGAAGUGGGCCAGUCCCCCAAACACAUGAGAAAAGAGCUGCGCAAACGCUUAAAGGAAGACCUAGCACUCGCACAGCAUGAAGAGGAGCAGGAAUUCCUACAACGACAGCAGCAGGAGUUGGAUGCAGCCCUGAAGAAGAUCAUCCAGCAACACAAAAACGAGCUGGCCACCAUUGAGAGAGACUGCCUCAACCACAAACAACAGCUCAUGAGAGCUCGUGAGGCAGCAAUGUGGGAGUUGGAGGAGCGCCACCUACAGGAGAAGCAUCAGUUGCUCAAACAGCAGUUGAAGGACCAGUACUUCAUGCAGAGACACCAGCUGCUCAAGCGUCAUGACAAGGAGAUGGAGCAGAUGGGUGGCUAUAACCAGCGUUUAAUGGAGGAGAUGAAGAACAAGCACACUCAGGAGAAGGGCCGUCUGCCCAAGAUCCAGCGCAGCGAGGCCAAGACCCGCAUGGCCAUGUUCAAGAAGAGCCUCCGCAUCACAGCCACCGGCACGCCAGAGCAGGACCGCGACAAGAUCAAACAGUUUGCGGUCCAAGAGGAGAAGAGGCAGAAGAACGAACGGCAGCAUCAGCAGCAGAAACACGAGAACCAGACGAGGGACCUACAACUUCAGUGCGAGUCCAACCUCAGAGAGCUUCAGCAGCUACAGAAUGAAAAGUGCCACUUGCUGGUAGAGCAUGAGACUCAGAAGCUGAAGGAGCUGGAUGAGGAGAAUGGCCAGGAGCUGAAAGAGUGGAGGGAGAAGCUGAGACCACGCAAAAAGGCACUGGAGGAGGAGUUCAGCAGGAGGCAGCAGGAGCAGGACGUGUUCUUCAGCACCAGCGGCGACUCUGAGUGCCUGAACCCCAGCGCCCAGAGCAGGGUGUCCAAGUUCUACCCUGUGGCAGGGGCCCACUCCUCUGGGUCCUAACCAACACACACACACACACUCACAUAUAUACACAUACACACACACACACACACACACACACACACACACACACACACACACACACACACACACACACACACAUAUACACAUACACACUGAGGUUCCCACGGGUUCCUGCAUCAUUGACAAUCUUGGGAGCUUCGUCACAAAUAUGCCCACUUCACUAUGACGCUGCAGAAUCUCAAUUAGUGCCAUGACCCUCUCAGAGACACACCCACGUAUGACCAUGCCCCUGUACACGCACCGCUGAACAUGGGAGUUUACUAAGCCAUUUCUAAGAGACUGACUGACUGACUGACUGAUUGUGUCAGACCAGACAUAUCAGACCAGACCUGAUUAGUGAAGAUAAGGCAAGACUUUAUGAGACAAGACCACACCAGACCAGACCAGACCUGACCUGACUGGAUGAGACCAGGCCAGACCAGGUGGACUACAUUAAAAUGGAUAUAAUCUUCCAAAAUGGCUCAGGCAAUGCAGUGGAACAGCAACUUUAGAGACACUUUUCACUUCAAGUCCAGCUCCUAUUCCUCAGUUCCAAGAGGGAGUCAGUGCCUGAAAUGUGCGUAUUGUCCAUGUCAGUGUGUGUUGGUUUGUGUGUGUUUUUUGGUGACGUGUGUAUGGUUUGUUUGCGUGUCUGUACGUGUGUGUUCUAAAGGAGCUGGACCUACUCCUGUCCUUGCCCUCCCUUAUGCUGCGCUCAGUGUGUCUUCGCUGAGGUGGCCGGAAACUUCUGGCACGUAUAUGCUAGAGCGCGUAACGGAUCAACACAGCCGGUGCUAGGAUGAGUCACAGGACUCUGGAAGACAAACGUUUGUCAUUACCCAAAGGAAAUGGACUGAACACGGAACACAUGAAGUGCACACUGGUGCUUUUAAACGUGGCGGUGUGGGAUUCACAUGACGUUGUUUAUGUCAUAGCUGAUGCAUGUUCCCUUUGAGUGGGUCUGACCGUGACUAAUCGCACCGUUUCUAUGACGACGAUCACCCUUCCCAGUGCAGUGGCCAUGUCUAGUGUGUCUCCAUGGAUACAGAAUGGUGUGAGUAUUGCUGUUGUGUAUCCUGCUGGUAUAUAUCCUAAUGGUAUGUGAUUUUUGUUUUUGUUUUUUUUGUUUAAGAACCUUAAAUCUUUAAGGUCAGAUCAAAACAAAAUGAAGCACUUUAGAACUUUAGAGUUCUUUAGUAACUUUCCAAUUCUGGUUGUGGAGGGCUUUGGUGAGGGAUAAUGAACUUCAGUGGAAUGUAUUAUUGCACUGUUUCAACCCAUCUAAGAAUAUGCAGUAUGAAGGUCUUGUGCAUUUUAAAGGCAUGUAUGCCUAGAUAGAUUGCAAGCUUACUUUGGCCACUUUCUCUUGGAAUGAUUUUUAGCACAUCUCUGCCUAAUGCACACAAGCUUUUAAUGAAGGACAUGGGAGAGAAUGUGGGGGUAUUGGAUAUGUAAUUUCCAUGUCAAACUUUUUAAUUUGUAUUUUUAAGAAGCUGAUCACUUUUAAUACUGCUGUUACAGUUUGGUUGUCGCCGUCCCAUCUCCCCCUGACCCCCCCCCAAUUGAAUGUCUGACAAUGAAUGAUGUCACUGAUGUUCUGCUGAUGAUCAUGGGCACUUGUUAUGGCUUAAAGGAAGGAACUGUCUAAAUAUUUACUGGCUUACCUUGUUCAUUGUAUUACUGUAUGCUGUUUUUAAAUGCUAUCAUUUUUUUUUGACUGUUGGUCCAAAUUGUUGCCAUGGCAAACGUGGUUACCCUUUUGUUUUCCAUCCGAUGUUCUGCUCAGUCAGGACUGAAAAGGCUACUGUAAGUGAUGCUGUAGAAAGUGUCUGGUCAAUAAUGUUUCUCCAGUUUGUAUUAAAUAUGCAGUUGUUUUCAUAGCUCACCAAUCUAUUGCCUGACAGUUUGACCACAGUUUGUGUGUAGGUUUGACCACCAGUUUUGUUUGACAUCAUCUGAGCCUUGGACACUGCAAAAGGAUGCAAGGACAACCAAUCAGUGAAUGCCUAGUCGUUAAGAUAUGCACCUAAUCGGCUUUUCUGUACUGAGCACAGUUGACCAGCUGUGCUGAGGGAACUAUGUUUGAGAGCAGAACUCUUUCUGUCAUUGGACCAGUUGCUUCCCGCUUUGAGAACCAUUUGGCCCAACACUGGAAAAAAAAGCCUCUAACAACCCAGAAGGCUAACAGGGAAUAAACCCACAUGGAUGUUUUGGGUAAGCUGGAUCUGGGCUGGUUGUCUUUGAUACGUAUAUCAGCAGUCAGAGGCUCGCAUUUCUCUGUCCCAUAAUCCAUUUUACGGGACAAAGCGCAAACUUCCUGCCAUAAAGGCGGUUUGCCCACCAGUCCCCUAUGGAGUUUUACAUGCAGAGCCCACUAGUGUCUGAGCUCUGCAUAGUGGGUGCUCUCGCUCACCCAAAUAUCACACACUUUGUAGGUGGUAAGUGAUAUGCUGAAAGUGUAUAAGGUGUUUUUUUUUUCUUUUUUGGUGUGUGUGUGCAUUUUUUGGUUUUUGUGUGUGAGGUAUAGGUAUACUGUAUCAGGUAUACUGUUUCUAAAAGCAUUGGUAGCAGUCAGAUUCUCAUUAGAUGAUGUAGAAGAUCAUUAUCAAUCAUUAUCUUGGUUAAUUGAUCUCACUGCUUUAAUGCCACUAGGAAACAGCCCAAUGGGAAGUGUUUUUGUAUGAGUGUGUAUAUGUAUCUAGUGUGUGUGUAUGUAUGAGUGUGUAUAUGUGUCUAUGUAUUUCCAAAUGCAGGUGAUUUGAGAGUACACUGCUCUCUAUAGAAUGCGUUACAUUGACUGUGUUAGGCAUGUCUGAUGGCAGAUAUGGAGGAAGAGCGGAUUCCUUCUCGAAUCAAUGCAGGUCCAGGCCGGAUUGAUUAGUCAUCAGCUAUCUGGGUCCAUUAUUCCUGGCUGAUCCCUGCAGAGGUACCCGAAAAGCAUUCCAUAUGCAUCAUCUAAGAAUAUUCCGUACAAGUCUGACACACCAUACCCAUAUGAAGCUGUACAAGUUACCUGUGGUCUGGCACAAGCACACCCACACACAUGAUCUGUGUAUGUAUGGGUCUAUGUCAUAGAUGUAUUUUGCAGAGGUCAUAACGUAAAAUGUGGCCAGCGUUGUUUGUGCUUGGAUGGAAUGUCUGUUAUGCAUAUUUGAGUUCAGUUAGGGUUCGAUUUGAUGAAGAGAUCUCUCUGGAGAUUGCUCUCAUGAUGCUGUAAAUAAAACGGUUAUUUUA